CUAAAAAUAGAAGAUUUACAAUUAUCAAAUGGCCUAAAAACAAUCUAGAAUCUAUAUAUAUAGUUUAGUGAUGAGCUCACAUGACUUUCAAAAUGUCUACUUCUGAAACAGUUGGCGUUGAUAGCAACGCUAUUUACCACGAAUUAAGCCCUAAAAUUGUCCUAACAGUGAGAGUUGUCAAUGCUCUUACACUCUUGAUGGUACUGAUUGCAGUGAUACUUUGCUUUGUACAAGGACAUAAAAAUGGUUCUUAUUAUCUGUUAGUCUGUAACCUCAUAAUAAGCAUGGUUGUCAGUACCUUCGUUAAUUGGUGGUACAGAAGUGGAGACCUGGGUAGUGAGAAAUAUUGGUUUGUUAUCUUGGUCAGUGCAGUGAUCAUGUUUCAGUGUAUUAGCACAGAUGUGUACGUAUUCAAAGAGGAGACGAGUGUGCAGUCACUGACCACAGUCACGCCAUCAAUGAACACAUCAACAGCAGAAUGGUCAACAAUGAUUCCACCAUCGACUAGACCUUUUAUAUUUUCAAAUUGAAAGCCACUAGUUGUCUGUUUUCAUUGAAUUGAAUUAUUCAUGUAUAAUUCACAAACUGUGAUAUCGCAUUUUUAUUUAUUUUCCCCAAAAAUGAAGCAUUCUUUAUAUGUUAUGUACAUUUAAUUUGUUAGUUCUGUGAUUCAAAUACUUCAACAGAUGUUAAAAUUAUCGCAUUUUUAUUUAUUUUCCCAAAAAUGAAGCAUUCUUUAUAUGUUAUGUGCAUUUACUUUGUUAGUUCUGUGAUUCAAAUACUUCAACAGAUGUUAAAAUUAUCGCAUUUUUAUUUAUUUUCCCAAAAAUGAAGCAUUCUUUAUAUGUUAUGUGCAUUUACUUUGUUAGUUCUGUGAUUCAAAUACUUCAACAGAUGUUAAAAUAAUAUUUUUGCAGAUUUUUUUUCUGUCAAUGUUCUUUCUUACAAUUACGGGAGUGUUAGACUACGUAAAAUAACCAUAAUGUCUACAUAAAAACAUUGUUAUACAUUUUCUUUCUUGGCUAAAUUUAAUUAGUUUUAAUUGAACUUUUAUGCGAACUUUUUGAAUAAAGUGUUCAUUUAUCAA